UUCAUUUCCCAUCAUGCUCUCUCAAUAAGCUUUUUUCCCCCUUCUUUUCACAGAAAGCACUGAAACCAGAAGUUGGUUAGCUGCUUCAUUGAAGCUACUGGCGUGUGCUGAUCUGUCGGUAUUUUGAGUCACUGAGCCUCGUUAACCGGACGGACUAUUGGACGCAUGUGAUUCACUAUGCCGCCUCGAAAGAAGGAGUACGGGAUUAACCGAGCGAGCGGAUCCCUGGUCCACUUCAGACCGCCAGUGAGCACGACCACCGUUCGCCGACACUCCGCCGUCGUUCCUUCGGUGCUGACGUUCGCCGUGAUCGUGGCAUCCGGAGGCCUGUUGCUCAUGAUAGAGAAGGGAAUGCUGAACAGCGUGCAGACUCCGCCGCCUCGCGCCAGCGGGAAGAAAGUGGAAUACCGACCGAGGAACAGCGACGCGGCUGUGGACGUGGAGUCUCAGAUUGUACAAGAGAUCCGCAACCGCACUAUAAGAUCGAUGUGUGGUCAGAAGAACACGCCUCACAGCGUGUGGUCUCUCAGUCCGCUGCAGAGGAAGACUCUCCUCCAGCACAUACUAGUGAACGACGAGCAUCGCUUCCUCUACUGCUACGUUCCCAAAGUGGCCUGUUCCAACUGGAAACGAGUGCUGAAGGUGCUAAGUGGCGCUCUAGCCAACGUGGAUGUCAAAGUGAAGAUGGACCAUCGUGCUGAUUUGGUCUUUCUUUCUGACUUUCCCCCCGAAGAGAUUCGAAAUCGACUACGGCAUUAUUUUAAAUUCAUGUUUGUGCGAGAGCCGAUGGCACGCUUGCUUUCAGCCUAUCGCAACAAAUUUGGUGAAAUUGCGGCGUAUCAGCGAAAAUACGGUGCAGAGAUCAUACGGCGCUAUAGAAAAGGCUACGCAAAGGAUAAAAAAAUAGCAGGCAAUGAUGUGACGUUCACCGAGUUUGUGCGUUAUUUGCUCGACGAAGACCCUGAGCGAAUGAACGAACACUGGAUGCCCAUCUACAACCUGUGUCAACCCUGCGCCAUAGAAUAUGACUUCAUAGGCUCGUACGAGAGUCUGGAGAAUGACGCCGCUUACGUGCUGGAACGAGUCGGAGUGCCGCAACACGUACGUUUCCCUGAACGCCAAACAUGGUACAAACCUGUCACCAAAGAAACGCUGCAUUAUUACUUAUGCACUGUCCCACAGAAGUUUCUCAAAGAGCUCCUGCCCAAGUAUAUUUUGGAUUUCUCUCUGUUCGGUUAUCCUUUACCCAACACAACCACUGAAUACUGUAGGCAUUAACAAAGGCAUUGGUUUAUACCAGCUUCGUAAGACUGUCUAUAAUCUUUCAAUAUGUUAAUAUUUUAAUACUUUUAACAAUUAUUUUUACCUGUACAUAAUUGAAAAUAUAUUUGAAUACAAGCCUCAGUACAGUGUAUUUGAGAGCUAUUUAAGUUCAAACCACUAUUUAAAUACUCAAUCAGCUAUUUUUAUUCAUGAGAUGCAGUAGGGUGUCAAUAUAAAUGGGCAUAAAACAAAGAACAUUGUGCUGUGCGCAAGACUAUUGUGAGAGUUUUAUAUUAGUAAGCACAAGCUUCCACCUUUUUGUCACUUGUCAUUGCAGUAUUAAAGUUUCCAGUGUUUUUCUUUUUGAUUAUUUGGAUAAUCAUUACAUCUGCUGUUACCCUUAUGAUGUUGCUGAUUAAUUAUUUUACAAAAUGAAAUGUGAAACCCAUAGAGAGGAAAUGAGUCUCUACAUAGCAUUUGAGGCUGUUCCUAUCUCUAUCUAUUGAAUUGUGUUGUGAGCGUGUUGAGUUUCAUAAGAACAAAACAAAUAUUUCUGACCACAAACUUGAACCCUUCCCAUCUGCCACUUCCUCUGAAAAGAUGAGACUCUGAGUUGAAUCCCUUAAGAGACUGAGGAAUGCAGUUUAACAUCCAAAAGCAAAGUACUGUGCAACAAGGAAAUAAAAAAAAUCUUUGAAACCUA